AUGACAUUGCAGGGGGAGUCUGCAUCAUUGAGUGAUAGAUAUGGUCUGGUUAUUGGCCUUCCUACUGCUACUUCCAUUUUGAUGAAGAAACAGAUUCAAUAUCGGUUAUCUCAUGGAAUAGACAUGGAAAUGAGGGCCUCCCUAUCAGAAUAUUGGUGGACUUAUAUGAGGACAAAUGCAAAAGGUCUGGUUGAGAUUCGGAGGCUGACUGAGGCUGGGAGACUGAAAGUUUCUGUUCAGAAGACAUUCCCAAUUAUGCAAGUGCAAGAGGCACAUCAAGCUAAAGAUACAAGGAUAAAUCCGGGUGCUCUAAAAGCACCUCUCCAUUGAAUGGAAGACCUGAGGUAAUACGAUAAUGUAUGGUACAUGAAGCAUAUUUAUUGUCUCCAUAACAACCCCACAGAUUGCAAAAGAGAUCAGGAAUGUCCAUAAUAUUGUAGGGUUCAAGAACUUCUUCCCUUUACAGGUUUGAGCUCAAAUUAUUUGUGUUUUUAGGAAUUUUUCAUAAAAAAUGUCAUUGAUGAAUUUAUCAGUUUGGUAUAGAUUGACUUAUGUAAACCGAUUAAUCUUUUUCAUUUCAGUCCAUUAUUGAGCUACGGUCGAAAGUUUUUUACAACCUUGAUAUUACCUUAUUUGUUAUUGUUGGUUUCCAAUUUAUUAGAAACAAACUUUUUAACACAACGAAUCAUUUACAAAUCAAUAUUUUUGUAUCAAAC